CCGUCGACCCGGCGGCCACGUACGGCUCGGUGCUCCAACGGUUCUCCCACGGUUUGGAUUACUUUUAUCUACCAAACGUGGCGAUAUUAACGACAUUUCGGCUAUUUUAAGUGCUUUCGAGUAGUUUUUCUUUCAGAGGUGCGAAGGACAAAGUUUUUGAAUGAAACUGUAAAGCAGCAGCAGCAGCAGGAGGAAGAGGAGGGGGCAGUUUGUGGGGUCGUCCGGGGGUAUCGGAUCUGGGAUCUGCUCGCAUUUAUAACCAGACAGGCGGCUUCUUCGGGGCAGAGCUGAGCUUCACGGACGGACGGUUUCACCGAGGAGGACGCGGAGGAGCUCCAAUUUCGUCACCGGGAAAGAUUUAAAGGACGGGGAAAGGUUGGAAACAACAGGAAAGGUUUUUUUUUUUUCUUUCUCGAGGCAGGACAACUAACUGUAAAGUUUGGAAAUUUCACUCUUCCUCAGAUUUUGGGGAUUUAGCUAGACUUUCGGCGGCAGAUACAACUACUUGUAACUUUUCUGAAGCAGAGCCGAUACGCCUUUUCAAAAAUGGAUAAAUACGAGGAUUUAGGGCUUGAGGCGAGCAAGUUUAUCGAGGAUCUAAACAUGUAUGAAGCAUCCAGAGAUGGUUUGUUUCGAAUGAGGAGGGAUGCGGGAAAUAACCCCGACUUUGAAGAGACCAGAAGAGUUUUUGCCUCUAAAAUGACUAAAAUACACAUGCAGAAACACCAGGAGGAGAUGGCCAGAAACAACCAGGCCAUUAAAAUGAACGGGGGUCACAACAGUAUACAUUACACCAAAGACAGACCGCCCAUCAAUAGUUACAGACAGCCGGGUGAAGCUGCUGCGAAGCCCCCACUACUAUCUGGCCCCGUGCCGAGCAGCGCGGCUGGGAAUCAGUACGGACAGUUUGACGGCCAGAGACACCACACGGGUAUCCAGUCUGAACUUCCUACCGGCAGGGCAUACGACUACGGAAACAAUUACGACAGUAAGGAGCGUUUAGAGCCCCAUUCAUACCAGCAUACCACCCCUUCUCCGCCUAGUUCUGGAAACCCUUCUCAUGCUCGUCACCCAGUGAGCCAAUCGUCUGCUUGGGCCCCAUCCAGAGACAGCCAGCAUGCACCAUCUUUGUCUGGGUCAGGGAGCAGCAGUGUAUCCCAGCAGCAGCAGCCCCAGUGCCUGGAAGCACCUUCCACCUUCAACAGUCUUCCAUCCCAGCAGAAUCAGGCUGUCACUUCUCCUGUUAAUAGAAGUCCAGCAUCCCCUGCUGGGCCAGCUAAAGGGUGGGUCGGAGGGCCCUCUGACUCAGCAAAACCAGACCUGUCCCCUAUCCUGCCUCUGAGUGCCUUCACAGGAGGCGCUGACUUACAUGUGCAGCAGCCCUCCACCAAGCCUGCGUCCCAUUACAUGCCACCACCAAUUUCUAAACCAUCUGUCAGCCAUAAUGGUCCUGUGGCGGCCUCCUCUGUUCUUUCUACAACUUCUGAAACACCUCAGCCCAAAGCCCAGGUGACAGCUGCUGCUUUAAACCCGAGCGGUGUCUUCAAAAGCAUCAACCAGGGUCAAGGUCAGAGCCAGAUGCCUGCUUGUGGACAGGCCACCAGUGCUGAAACUGAAGUCCCUUGCUCCUCUAAGCCUGUCCAGCUACCCUGUCAGGCUCUCCUUAUGCACCCACCUGAACAAAGUCCUUCAGCAGCUGAAAUAAAAUUAGAAGCCCUCACUAAGCGACUGGAAAAAGAGAUGGAUGCCCAACCAAAGGCUGAUUACUUUGGAGUGUGCGUGAAGUGUAAUAAAGCGGUUUAUGGAGCCAAUCAGGCCUGCCAGGCUAUGGGUAGCCUCUACCAUGACAGCUGCUUCACCUGCAGUGCCUGUAGUCGAAGGCUGAGAGGGAAGGCUUUCUACUAUGUUGGAGGGAAGGUUUUCUGUGAAGAGGACUUCCUGUAUUCUGGUUUCCAGCAGUCUGCUGACAAGUGCAACGCAUGUGGACACUUGAUCAUGGACAUGAUCCUGCAGGCCCUCGGGAAGUCGUACCACCCAGGCUGUUUCCGCUGUGUCAUCUGUAACGAGAGCCUUGACGGAGUGCCCUUCACUGUGGACACUGAAAAUAAGAUAUACUGUGUCAAAGACUACCACAGGGUCCUUGCACCUAAAUGUGCAGCCUGUAACCAGCCAAUCCUGCCCUCAGAGGGGUCUGAUGAAACCAUUCGAGUUGUGUCCAUGGACAAAGACUAUCAUGUUGAAUGUUAUCACUGCGAGGACUGUAAGAUGGAACUGAACGAUGAGGAAGGUCACCGCUGUUACCCUCUGAACGGCCACCUUCUCUGCCACUCCUGCCACCUGAAGCACAUCCAGCCUGGCUGCUCCUCUUCAGUCACUGCUGCUGCCUCCUACUGAUAAAUAGUGUAGGGGGUGGGAGACACCUAAUGGCUCUAAGGAGGAACUGCAAAAUAUGGACUUCAGGAAUGGAUGUUUGCAGUUCUUGUAGAGGAUUGAUUGGAUGCAUCCUAAUAUAGUUUGAUGUGUAUUAUGACAGGAAUGUCAAUGAAGUGUCCUUUAUGCAGAACCCAAUAAUGAAGUACUGCAAUACACCAAAAUUGUACUUUGAAUGAAAUGAAACAUUGCAUACAGACUUUGCAGAAGUGUUGUCAUAUAUUUUUUUAUGUAAAUAUGAAACACAUUGGCUGUGUAAAUAUCUUACACUGUGUGCCUCCAACUUGAUGUCCACACUUCUGCUGUGAAUUUCAUGAAUAAUCUAAAUAAGGAUAAUUUACACAAAUUAUGUGAAGUGUUCAACACUAUAUAUAUAUAUAUUUGUUUUUUUUAGAUGCAAGCAGUAUCCAACAAAUUACAGCAUAUAAUAACCUCUGCACAGCUGUCUCAUACGAGCAUAAACCAACACUUGAUUCACUGUUAUUAAUUUGUUUUUCUUUAAGUCAGAUAAGGAAUGCUUUGGAAAGCCUGUUUAUAGCAGAGGUAUGAGAGACAGACAUUAUGGCACUCGAAGAAUCCUCAAUUGAAAUCAGUGGGAUAAUUUGGCACAACCACAGAUUGCUGUAGAAGUAGAACUUCCAGGGGAUAUAAAAACUUUUUAAACCCUUAUUUUGGGGGUAAGGCCUUCAAACAUUUAAAUCAGUUUUUACCACAUUUAACUGGUAAUUCUAUAUAUGGGGUUAUGAUGUGCCAGCGACCAUUGAAAUUAAAGCUAAUUUACAGUAUCCUCCAAAAUAAUUCCCCAAAGGUGUUUCAGAUGAGAGACUUGGUUAUACUUUUAGUCUGCUCUGAGCACUUAGUGGCGUUUUCUAUGCACCUAUGAGGAUGCUGGUAUUAGGCCUGUAGAUCUGUGUUUUAUUACAUUUGCAAUCAUUGCAUUUAAAAAAAAGAAAAAAAAAAAAAAAUAUAUAUAUAUAUAUAUAUAUAUAUAUUUAUUGUAGCCUAUAAUCAUUUAUGUGUGUCUUGUUUUGGGGGGGCAAUCCUCCUUUAAAUACUUACUUCACUUCCAGAACAUUUUUGGUUUGAUGUCUUUGCCAUCCAUAUUUUAUUCAUGGGUUUACUAACUUAAUAUUUGCUUGCUUGUCAUUUGUGCUCCUUAUUUUGUAACCAGCUGUAGAUGAAGAUGAAGAGCAACAUUCAUGUGUGCUGUUUGAUUGUUGUAAAGAAAAUAUUUAAUAAAUAAACAA